UUGACAAGUAACCUGAAGAUGGCUGACGCCACCUCAUGCAAGAGAAAGCUUCAAGGCAAAGUGGCGAUCAUCACAGGAGGUGCCAGUGGCAUUGGUGAAGCAUCAGCUCUUCACUUCAUCAACCACGGCGCACAGGCGGUUGUGAUUGCAGAUAUCCAGGAUGAGAAAGGCCAAAAACUUGCCGAAUCCAUCGGCCUCGACCGCUGCAUGUAUAUACGUUGUGAUGUGACCGACGAGGAGCAGAUCAAAACCCUUGUUGAAACCACUGUCAAAACCUACGGACACCUUGACAUCAUGUUCUGUAACGCCGGAAUCGUAAGCAAAUCCGAACAAAGCAUCUUGGACUUCGACCUGUCCGGCUACGAGGAACUUUUUGCAAUCAACGUACGAGGCGUGAGUGCGAGUGUUAAGCAUGCGGCACGUGCAAUGGUAAAGAGGGAGAUACAGGGUAGCAUUAUUUGCACUGCGAGUAUAGCAGGGACAAUGGGAGGUUCAAUACAUACGGAUUACUCAAUGUCGAAGCACGCGGUGAUGGGUUUGAUGAAGUCUGCGAGUAAGCAGUUGGGAAGGUAUGGAAUACGGGUGAACUGCGUGUCGCCGGGGCCGGUGGCAACGCCAUUGCUGUGUAGAAUGUUAGGGGUGAAAGCGGAGGAAGCGGAGAAGGCUUUUGAGCGCUCUUCUCGCCUGAAAGGGGUGUUGAAACUGAAACAUGUGACGGAUGCUGUUUUGUUUCUUGCUAGUGAGGAGUCUGAGUUUGUCACUGGUCAAAAUUUGACUGUUGAUGGUGGAUUUAUUGAACAUGCUUGAUUUAUUGCGAAGA